CACACUCUAUAUAGUUACAAUCGACCAAACCAUAAAUCCAUAUAAAUACAAGCAAAAAUCGAUCGUGAAUCAUUACUGGUGCGGUGCUCACUCCAAAUCCUCGCCAACUAGAUGGUCACAAGACUUAAAUAAGAAUUUAACGCGUUGUUAUUCGAAAUCUCAAAUUGCACCUGUCACAAUUCGAAAUUGCCCGCGCCAAUUGCCCCUUAGAUUGCUUAAACGGUUCUAUUCCAUUUAAAUAUUUCUUGACCGCCAUUGAGCUUUAUCAUGGGAGCGAUAAGUAUAUAGAGCGGUGCGCUAGUGAGUUUAUGGUGCAAAUAUUUACGUAUCUUUUAGUAGUUUUAGUAGUGAUUGGCCUGUUUAGUGUUGUAAAUCAUAGAAUGAAUUGUGUUUUCACUAUUCUGUUCGUGUGCACCGCCUACGUCUCGAGCGGGCCCACGAUUAAUAACAACGAUGGUCUCAGACUGGUCAGUGUGUUCUUUCGACAUGGUGCCAGAACGCCAGAACACAAGGAUAGGUAUCCCAACGAUCCAUAUAAAUUGGAUGUCUUUCAACCAAUGGGAUGGGGGCAACUGACAAACAAUGGAAAAAGCAUGGCACACACCUUAGGACAAGCAUUAAGAAAAAGGUACAACAAAUUUCUGGAUGAAAUUUAUACACCGGAAAUAAUAAAAACUAAAAGUACCGAUUACGACAGAACUCGAAUGUCUGCACUUCUGGCUUUGGCUGGUCUCUUUCCUCCGGGAAAGUCUCAAAAAUGGCACGAGGAACUUAAGUGGCAGCCGAUCCCAGUUGACUAUGAUAAGGACAGUAUUGACUACACUUUGAAGCGACCAAACUCAUACUGUCCCAGAUAUAUGAAAGAACUCGACCAAGCUUUACAAUCUGAUGAGACACUAGCUUUUCUAAAAACUCACAGGCAAACUCUGCAAUAUAUUUCCAAUCAUACUGGAAAGCCAAUGAAUAAACUUGGUGACGUUUUUCAAAUUUAUCAGACAUUGACUGCCGAAAGAACAAUGAACUUGACCUUGCCUGAGUGGACUAAAAAAGUCUACCCCGAAAAAGUGACAAUAAUAGCUGCCAAACAAUGCGAAUUGGAGAAUUCGAACCAUAUUUUGAAGAGGCUUAACGGAGGUCGUAUGUUGGCUAAAGUUAUAUCAAAUAUGGUAGCGAAAACCGAGGGUUCUUUACAUCCCCAUGAAAGAAAAAUGUUUUUAUACUCCGGACACGAAAACAAUGUUAUCAAUAUUUUGGCAGCUAUGGAUCUAUAUGAAACACACUUUCCUAACUACAGCUCAGCUGUGAUCAUUGAGCUCCAUUAUUUACGUUCCAGACAAAAUUAUGCUGUAAAAGUUUUGUAUAUAAGGGAUGUCUACGAAGCACCAGAAGAAUUGACUUUAUCAGGAUGCGACGUAUACUGCCCACUAGAUGAUUUUGUCAGUUUAAUGGAAAAGCAUAUUCCGAAAAAUUACACUUUGGAAUGUGAAGCAACGAAGAAUUUAGAUUAAUCGUGCCAAAAUACGAAAAUUGAAAGAACAAGAAGUAUUAUAUUUUAUUUUAUUUAUUGUUAUAAAAAUAUUGUUUUUUGAAGGAUACAUUUUAAGAAAUAAUA